UGAGUUCGCAUAACAUAAAAAUGGUACAAGUGUCAGAAGGGGAUACUAUGGACGUCGAGUGUCAGAUUGCUGGAGCAGUUCAUGAUGCUGAGUCUGAGAUUUGUGAAGACUGUUUAAAUAAGAUCGAUAAAUGGGGUAUAAACAUUCGUUCUGAUACGCGGAAACAACAUCUGUCGAUGGCCAUCAGUUUUCUGUUAUGCAUUGUCAGCCUAGUUGCCUGUGGUUGCACAGCCGCUCUCUACUUGAAGAUACAGACGCAAGACUUCCGGAAGGAGCUAGUGGCGUCCCUUAAGGAGGAGUUCAGGGCUUCCCAUUUGGAUAAAAACAUCGCGUUUACCGAAUAUCUUGUCGGAGCUGACCAGGAAGUUAAUCAUGACGAAGACGACUUUAAGGAUCUGCAUGCGGUAAAGAAAAUGCUUGCAAAUCCCCGGGACAGGCGCGGCGGUGCAUCCAGUGGAACGCAAGCUCAAGAUAUAAAGAAUAGCGGCGGCAAGAAAAGGGGAAAGAAUGGCAGACGAGGAAAAAAAAGAAAUAAAUGUUGUAAAAAAGAAACAAUAAAAAAGGCUGUGGCGGACGAGGUGGCGAAAUUGAAAAACGACAUGAGAGAAAUUCAAGGUUGUACAAACGAAACAAUAAAACAGGUUGUGACAGACGAGGUGGGGAAAUUGAAUAAAGACAUAGAAGAACUUCAAGUCGAACUGAGAUCUGAGACACAACGCCGUCAAAAUUGGUUGUCCAUUGCACAUUACACGUCAUUUAUUGACGAAGAAUAUAUUGAGAAGAUACUCGGAAAGCUUGACGAUGGGAAUCUUCACAACGCAGCAGGUGAACGAUCGCCACCAAAAACGUUAGAGAAGGAAGUCCCCUCCCUGAACGGAAUCUUGAACAGGGGUUCGUCUUUGCGAAUAAAGGAUGCACCUGGGGCACUAAACGUGUUCACGGAAGCUUCAUGGAUGAAGAACAUGUCAGGUGAACAACUCUUCGACUUGAAUAGAGCAAACGGCACAUUCAGAGCAAGGAUAACUGGGCUAUACCACGUGUAUGCACAUGCCCAGUUCAAGAUAGGUCGCAAAGAAGGUAUCGCGAUGUUACACAGGAACCCGUCUGGUUUUGAACUGAUUGACUGCUGGACGUGUGACAAUAGCACAUAUAAAGGGCCUAACAGGUACCAUACGAACAUCCAAGAACCCUGUACAAUGUCCGGGACUAUUUUCAUUGAGUCAGGGGAGACAAUUGAGAUAGAACUCUGGGAUACCGAGAAUGCUGUCAACUUGAAAAAGAACGAACUAUACUUCGGGGCAUUGCUUCUGCACGCCGUGUAGACGUUUCACGUGAACCGAGUUGGACCCACAAACACGCUAGUUCUGUGAUAACCAAAUAUUUGAUGCUUGGCGGCCCAAUAUAUUGUUGGUGUCAGUACAAACAGAGUAUUAUUGCUUCCUGAUUACUAAUAUUUGAUACCGCUUAGGCCUAAACAAAUGUUUGGUUAGGGUUACAUCCUUUUCAGAAAUAGGUAGGGUAGGUACGCUUUUUAUUUUAUUUUAUUUUUCAUUAGGCUUUCUAUAAGAAUGUCAUUUUCAUCAUUGGAGAAUGGUUUUAAAGUUAUCUUCUGUAUAAGCAAUUAAGUUUAUAAACUACAUAUUGAAAAGAAAUUUAAAAAAAAAAAAAAACAUUAGUAUUUUUCUAGUUUUUCAUUUUUUUUUUCAAACUGACUAUAAAGACGGUAGGGUUGGCGCCUAUUCCGUAGGUAGGGUCGGAUAACCCGAACCAAAUGUAUUGUUUUAGGCCUUAUAUAAUAAAUAUAUAACUAGAUAUUGUCCUGCGAACGUUUAAGGAUGAAGCAAGUGUGAAUCUUUGGUUAAAUUUUUAGAGCUACAAAUACCGAUUCGGUAUUAUUAUACUUUGAUUAAUUUAAAAGAAAAUGUUAUACAUUGUAAAUAACGCAGACCACUCCAUAGUGUUUACUUGUAAGUAAGAGUUCUCUUUCUUUCCAAAAUCAUUUUUGAAUACAUGUUUGCAAUUGAUAACUAAAACGUAUCAGCAGACCAUAUCUUCUUUCGGACUUAGUGUCAAUUGUUUAUAGAUUGUUUUGAUAUCUAGAAUGAAAGAUAACGAAAUUAGUUAUUGAUGUUUAAACUCAUGAAGGGAACUAUGACUUAAGUUUGAUUUGUUGUGUACAUAACUAUGUCUUUUAUGCAUUUGUAUUCUUUGCAUUCUCAAAUAAAGACCAUUGAUAUAAAAGCAUUACAAACCCGGCAACACAAUAUUUACUGCGGUUCUUUUGAGAACACAACAAUGGCAGAGAUCUUUCCACCGGUCAAUUUACGAAAUACACAUAAUAAAAAAAUCAGCGAAUACUUUCAAAUCAUUUAUAUCAGAUGCGCUUUAUUGAUAUUCGAGUGUUCAAUAGCGGGAUUUCGCUUAACAGCUCUUAAGAUAUCCGU